AUGGCAGCGCAGUCCAAGCCGCUGCGGCCAGGACCGGCGGCAGCCUCGGCGCUGACGACGGCCCGCGCCGUGGUAGCCCAGCUCACCCAACACUACCUCGCCCACCGGACCCAGGUCUCGCGCGCCGUGUACCUCACCCUGAUAGUCGCCCUCAUACAUCGCGUUCGCGCCGCCGUCGCUGAGCAAAAGGCCGCCUCGCAGCGCGAGCGGGCCGCGCGGGCCGAGCAGGGCGGCACGUCCAAGGCACUAGGGGCAGCGGGCGGCGCCGACGACGAUGACGACGAUGCCGCAGUGGUCACUUCGAGCAGCGGAGGCAAGGGCAAGAAGAAGCGGAAGAAGGUGGAGCUGAACCGCGAGUUCUUCCGCUCCCUGCUCAAGCUGAUCCGGAUAUGCGUUCCUGGGUGGAGGAGCAAGGAGACGAGGCUGCUCAUCAGCCACAGCUUCUUCCUGGUGGUGCGCACGUUGAUCAGUCUCAAGGUUGCCGCCAUGGAUGGUGCAAUCGUGAAGAGUCUCGUCAAGGGCAACGGCAAGGAGUUCCUCAAGCGCAUUGUCUGGUGGAUGCUGAUUGCGGUCCCAGCAACUUUCACCAACUCAAUGCUGUCUUAUCACCAAGCCGAGCUGUCGCUGAAGUACCGCACAAGGUUAACGCAACACAUACAUGACAAAUAUCUUUCAAAACUCACAUUCUACGGCAUCUCGGCGCUGGACGACAGGAUAAAGAACCCUGAUCAGCUCAUUGCUGUAGACGUUGCCAAAUUCUCAAACAGCUUAGCGGAGGUUUACAGCAACCUCGCCAAGCCAAUGCUGGAUAUGACCAUUUAUACACACUCUUUAUCAAAAAGCGUUGGAGGCGAGGGCGUCGUGUUCAUGUCAUUACUUGUGCAACUAUCGGCCAACGUUAUGCGAGCAUUGACACCGCCUUUCGGCAAAUAUGUUGCGGACGAGGCCAGGCUAGAAGGUGAAUUCCGCUUUCAACAUUCUCGUCUCAUAGAUCACGCCGAGGAGGUGGCACUCUACCAUGGCCAUGAGGCCGAGAAGAACACUCUCGACAAGGGCUACUUUACUCUCAUCAAGCACGUCAACUACAUUCUCCGCCGGCGCUUCUACCACGGAUUCAUGGAAGACUUUGUCAUCAAGUACUUUUGGGGCGCCCUGGGCCUGCUACUUUGCUCGGUCCCGGUGUUCGUCAAGCUUCCGGGACACAUCUCCAUGAACAUGGGCGACAGAACCGAAAGCUUUGUAACAAACAGGCGCAUGCUUCUGUCCGCGUCCGAUGCAUUCGGACGUAUCAUGUUCUCAUACCGUGAGAUCAUGGAGUUGGCCGGUUAUACGUCACGUGUAGCAUCGCUGCUCGAUGUCAUGGACGACAUCCAGGCCGGUCAUUUCGAGAAGAAACUGGUAUCUGCCACAGGUAUCGAAGACAACGCCGCUGUGCUCAAGGGUCGUGGUAAAGUUGUGGAGAGUGAAGACAUCGAGUUCAUUGAUGUGCCAAUUAUCUCCCCCAACGGUGACGUGCUCGUCAAGGCCCUUUCCUUUUCGCUCAAGCAAGGUGACCACCUGCUCGUGGUCGGUCCGAAUGGGUGCGGAAAGUCAUCCCUAUUCCGCAUCCUGGGUGGUCUCUGGCCCGUCUACGGCGGCACUGUGUACAAGCCACCUUUCACUUCGAUUUUCUACAUCCCGCAGAGGCCUUACCUCUCCCGUGGCUCGCUGAGGCAGCAGAUCACAUACCCUGACGGUCUGCGGACGGUGAGGGCCAAGGGAGUCUCGGACGCGGAUCUGCUCGAGGUCCUCAAGAUUCUUAACCUGGAGCACCUCGUCGACCUGUACCCCGAGGGCUGGGACGCCGAGGCCGAGUGGCGCGACGUGCUCAGUGGCGGCUUGCAGCAGCGCGUGGCCAUGGCGCGCCUCUUCUACCAUCGGCCACGGUACGCCAUCUUGGACGAGUGCACAUCGAGCGUCACGCUCGAGACGGAAAAGGUCAUGUACGAUAACGCCAAGGCCCUGGGCGUCACACUCAUGACGGUCAGCCACCGGAGGAGCCUGUGGAAGUACCACAGCCGCAUUCUGCAGUUUGACGGCCAGGGCAACUACAUCUUCACCAAGCUGGACGCCGAGACGAGGCUGAAGCUGGAGGACGAGAGGGAUGACUUGGAGGCCAAGCUGAGGCAGGUGCCUGAGAUUGAAAGGAGGAUUGCCGAGUUGACUGCUGAUUGA